UAUAAUUAUAAAAAUGGUCGCUCAGGUUCAGAAGCCCGCUCCUCAGUUCACUGCUCCCGCUGUCGUUGACGGUGAGUUCAAGGAUAUCUCCCUCUCUGACUACAAGGGCAAGUACGUUGUCUUCUUCUGGUACCCCAUGGAUUUCACCUUUGUGUGCCCCACCGAAAUCUUGGCCUUCUCUGACCGUAUCAAGGAAUUCGAAGCUUUGAACACUGCCGUCAUUGGUGCCUCCACUGACUCUGAAUUCUCUCAUCUUGCCUGGAUCAACACUCCCCGCAAGCAGGGUGGUCUCGGUGAAAUGAACAUUCCCCUUCUUGCCGAUAAGACCAAGAGUAUUGCCAAGGACUAUGGUGUCUUGAUUGAGGAAGCCGGUGUCGCUCUCCGUGGUCUUUUCAUCAUUGACCCCAAGGGUAUCGUCCGUCAGAUUACUUGCAACGACUUACCAGUCGGACGCAGCGUUGAUGAAGUCCUUCGUUUGGUUGAAGCAUUCCAGUUCACCGAUGUCCAUGGUGAAGUUUGCCCCGCCAACUGGCAAAAGGGUUCUGCCACCAUCAAGCCCUCCCCCAAGGACUCCCAGGAGUACUUCAACGCUGUCAACAAGUAAAUAAAAAGGCUGUCGCAGGUCGCAAUAGCAUCCGCUCCCCUCUUUUCUCCCCAAAACCAAAAUAAAAAAUCUUCUAUAUAAUUACAAGACGGAAAUACAGAAAAUUUCAAUUCUAGGCCCAAUGUGGCUAGCG